AUGGAGAGACUGUACGAGGGCAUGCGCCAGGUUAUGCGGCGCCAAAACCGCUAUAACGCCUUGCAGCAUCGCAACUCCAUUGAAGUGCCUCCGGCGCCCCUCAACACCCCAUCCGAGUCUCGCGCACAGUCUCCAGCCCUUGCUGCAGCUGGUGGUGGCAUAUCAGAGCUUACCUCCUUGGAAAGCCAACUUCACCGAGCCAGAGCCCUCUCACGGCCUGUGCCCCCCAAUCCUCCCAACUCCCCCAAAUCCCAGCCGCAGCAGCAGCGGCAAGAUCCAGCCCUCAUCCGGGAUUUCUACACCUCACCCAACGCAGUCCUGGCAGCUCAUGGAGUCACUGUCGAUACAUACGAGCGUGGAGAUUUUGAACAAGAAGAUGGAGAAGUCACCCCGACUAACCCGGCAACAGACCAGAACGAUGAGUCUCUCCAGCGCUACAAGGAGUCCCUCGGCCUCGGCGGCGGCAAGGACCUCUCUGACCCCAACGAUCCCCGUGUCUGCAUCAUCCUCUCCCUGACCAUGGAGUCCCCCGGCCGCGACCCCGUCACCAUCGACCUGUCCGCCCCCGGCUCUGAGGCCAGCCUGAAGGACAAGCCUUUCAAGAUCAAGGAGGGUGCCAAGUUUACCAUGGUUGCCACCUUCAAGGUCCAGCACGAGAUUCUCAGCGGUCUCCAGUACGUCCAGGUCGUCAAGCGCAAGGGAAUCAAGGUCAGCAAGGACUCUGAGAUGCUGGGUAGCUACGCUCCCAACACCGACAAGCAGACCACCUACACCAAGCGCUUCCAAGAGGAGGACGCCCCCUCCGGCAUGCUCGCCCGUGGCCACUACAACGCCAUCUCCAGCUUCGUUGACGAUGACAAGAAGACCCAUUUGACCUUCGAGUGGUCUUUCGACAUCGCCAAGGACUGGUAG